CGAUGUGGGGUUACUUCCCACCAAGACCGUAGAGACGAGAAAGUUGUGUUACAGGAAAGACGUUCGGGCUCAACCUGGUUGGCGUCGGUUUGUAGCCUCUGCUCAAAGACGCAGGCAUGUCGAAGAGACAAUUCAUCCCCAUAGAGAUUUUUGAACUGGUCAUCGAUUUUAUCGAGGACGAGAAGGCUCUCCAGUCAACCUCCUUGGUCUGCAAAGCAUGGCUACCCCGUAGCCGGUUCAAUCUCUUCCGGGUUGUUGAGCUGAACUUUCCAGGACAACUGGACAGCCUUCUUCACCUCCUGGAAUCUGCCCCGGACAUCGCUCCAAUCAUCAAGGAGAUAUCUAUAUCGGAAAAUUCGAUACUCGCGCUCUUCCGCCCUGCCAUGUCUAUCGCGGGGCGCUUUCCCUUGUCGUUGUCGUCAUAUCCGCUUGUGCAGCCUCGCCGCCUCACAGUCCACAACCAGCUGUGGCUCCCGACUCGGUACAGCCCGGACUACCUCUUAGAGCUUUCCCGUUUCUCGUCCAUCACUUCCUUAGACCUAUUUGACGUAUCAUUCACGACGGUAGCGGACUUCUCCAUCAUUCUACGGGCCCUCGGACGUCUGGAAUCGCUGCAUGCGAUUCAUGUAGACUGCCAACGACAGCUGGACUCGGAUACCUCCGCUUCGAUCGGAUGCGAACUUCCAUUCCUGACAUUCCUACGGGUCUCCUCCGACUACCCAACAUCCGCUGUAGAUUGGCUUAUCGCUCACAACAAGUUUCCCUCCCUCCGUGAUAUCGAAAUCUCCUACGAAAUAGCCUUAGAUGACCAGAACCAGGGACUCGGUGCAUUGUGGGCUUCCACGGGUUCAACGCUCGAGAAUCUCAAGCUCGGCAUCUUCAAGAGGGCUGCUGGCCACCCAAUCUCGCGCGGGGUCAUGGAGAAGCAGCUGAACCUGUCGAGCUGCACAGCCCUUCGCACGCUCCGCUUCGACUGCCGGGGAGUCCGCGAAGUCUCCUCGGACUGGACGUGGCUCAUCUGGCUAAUAACUCAGCUUCCAGCCGGCGCCAAGGGGUAUCCGCUACGCAGCAUCGUGUUGGCGUUCCAGCACAGUUCACAUGCGCUCGCGUCCCUUCAUAGGUUUACCGCCGAACUAGACCGGACGCUUUCGGAGCCUUCUUGGGCGGGAACGCUGGCGGAGGUGGUAUUCGAACUUGAUUAUCGAUUACCCGCGGACGAAGACGAAGACGAGCUCGCGCUUCUUGAAGCGUUCGCUGGGUUGCGCUCGAGAAACCUUCUCCGAAUCGCGUGAACCGGCGUCCCUUGUGAGGGGUCGUCGUGGAGGAAGUACUUCACGCAUCUUACUUCCGUUGGCGCCCCGCCAGCAAGACGACCCAUCCUUCACAACGUCGCGACCCUCCUACGCUCGUCCACACCGUCGGUACUCUCGGCGCAAGUCUCCAUGUCAAACUCGCAAGCGUCCUUUUGGUGUCGUGCACGUCAUGUCUUCUUCCUCGUGCACUCUCCAAGCAAUCAAGCGUCGCCGCCAAUCACUUUUCCUUGUCCGCGUCCGAAGCAGCGGUGGAAGCGACCUCGCUUCGGAUUUUGGCCACAGAAUAUCUGGAAUAUUGCUGACGUGAGUGGUCGGGAUGUCAGGGGAACAACUUCAUUUCGUUCUCUAGUUUUCCACUCGCAUCAAUGUUCAUCUCCCGCUUCC